AUAUUUCCCGAAGCACUCCCGAGAGAAGUGCCCCAAUCUCCCAGCCUUGCGAUUGGUAACGAUUGCCAAGUGUUACCUGCACAAUACACUAGCGUACAUUUGGAAAUGAAGCGCAAUCCUCUCAUUGGGAGAUUGGAAGUGCCUAACCCAGAUAGUAAAUAACUGCCGAAUCAACAGAGGCGAGAUUGACUGUCAGCGCCGCACUUCGAUUUGAGCAGCGUAAGGGACAGACGUUGGAGAAGGACUGCAGAAAAAGGAAAGGUUUUUUCAUUGUAUAAUCUUAAGGAAUAAGGCACCGGACGAAAUGUCACUGACCGAUAAACAGAAGGGGUUGAUCCGCGAGAGCUGGGCCAAGGUGGACCACAGAGCACAUGGGAUGGUCUUCUAUGAGAAACUUUUCGCAGCCCACCCAGAGUAUCUCCCAAAGUUCAAGAAGUUCCCCAAAAAAGACGCACCGACUCUGAAAAAGGAAGAGGACCCAGCGUUCGUCGCGCAGGCCGUCGCGACUUUCAGCGCCAUUGAUAGGGUAAUAAGCAAGCUGGACAACCUGGAAGACAUGACGAGGAUUCUGAAAGAUAUGGGGAAACGGCACGUCAAAUAUGGAGUCUUUGAGCCAGAAUUCAUUGCUGUCCAACCCGUAGUGAUCGACACGCUGAAUGCUGGUUUGGGUGGGAUGAGCCCAGAGUUACAGAAUGCCUGGGAAACUGCCCUAAAAAUCAUCUGCAGUGUCAUCGUCCAAGGCCAAUCAUAGAUGGCGCGCGUCAGGUCACGUGUUCAAUAGACAGACACUCGACGGCUGCUGGUGAUCGGGAUCUAGAAUUUUCGUUACACCGCUAUUUUCAUAACCAUUCUCCGAGCAGAUCGAAGGCGGGGAUACUCUCUCUGCCAACGCAUACUACCAUUACAGCACGUCAUCACAGGUGCAUGAAAAUACCAAAAUUACAGCAUGUCAUCACAGGUGCGUGAAGAUACAAAUGAUGUCAAGACUGGCGAAAGUCUACAAGAUUUAUCACGAAGCGAGUGUAAUCUUCCAUUACACACCUUCAAUAGAAAGUGUUUUGAAUCACGUGGCUGAAACUGUACUAGUAUAGCAUUCUAUAUUUGCAGUAAUAGUGAGGUAAACAUAUACAUGUACAGGUCAUAUCAAAAAAAAUUAAAACUAAGAAUGCGCAUGCAGUAAUACGUUAUCUUAUCUACAUGCAGCACUAGGUUCCAAAUUUUGACACUAGGGGGCUAAUGCAGAAAAAUCCGGUCCAACGUACUAUAAAAGUAAUUGCUUAAGGAAUUGAACCCGAGGCGGAGGACCUUGGUUGAGUUACCAAGACACUCGAGGGUGGAGCUAAAAUACAGUCCAAACCCGAGCCGACAGGCGAGGGUUUGGACGAAAUUUUAGCUCCACCCGAGAGUGUCUUGGUAACUCAACCAAGGUCCGAAGCCGAGGGUUCAAUUUCUAUUCUAAAAUACCUCAAACUUAAAAAGAUAGGCCACGAAAUAACUUGAAUAUGUGCGAAUUUGGCAAAUUCCAUCCAUCGCCUGCCCGGAGCGCCGGUAGCGCCGUUGUUUACAUUAUGUUACGGCAGCCCGUAUAGGAAGUCCGGAUCGGCUCGCUCAAGUGACGCUAAAAUCCGCGCAAAUGGGCUAUUUGGAGCGUUUUUCUCAGCAAAUAUGUGUAGUGCUCAUUAAAAAACUUAGGGUGGUUGAUGCUUCCUUGGCUGAUUUGUGUUUGAAGCAGUGUUUUGAGAGCCUCAAACUUGUGAAGUGAGCUGUGUGCAUGGUUCCACAUUUUAGUGCAACCCGAGGGAACUUUGGUAGAGCAUCUUGGUUGCGUGUCCAAAACACUCCACUCUCAGAACGAGGCUUAUGCAUUUUCCAUUUAAAAGUUGACUUUACGGUACCAAGGUAUUUUAGAAUAUAGCUCUUAUUGGCUGGUUGUCAAUUGAUUUGUGUCACCAACAUGUUAUAUAUAUACCUUAACUAACUUAGUAGCGCUUAUGCUUAUAUAAGGACUUUUUUGUUGACUGAGGUCCUAAAACCUCUCCCAGACACGCGAGUUGCUAUAUAUCGUGCCUUCCAUUUCACAGCGAAACGGUAUACCGUUUGGUUCGUUUUUAUAUACCUUUAGAGUGAAUUGAUAAAAAAUUAGCUAUCUGUUCUUAAAUUUUUUUAACUUCCCUUUAAAAAAGACAAGUUUAUUUGCCUUUCUUAAGUUGCAAAUCUUAGUCUAAGUCUCUGAGCUUAAUUGAAAAUAAAUAUUAUUGUUAAGUAUUAGAUUUUGUUUAAAAAAAAUCGCAACACACAUGCAUAGGCCUGUAAUGCAUAGAAUUUAGAAUAGAAACUAUACAUUUCGUUGAAAUAUAUAUACGCUGUUAAAAAGAUGA